AUGUCCAUUGACCAGGCGUCUCCGCUGGUCCCGAUCACGCCGCAGGUCGCGCUGCAGAACGGCGCGUUCAUUAAGAACAGCCACAACAGGAGCAGCUUUUGCGGCGUUGCCCCUUCGCCCAACGGCAACGGAACCUUCAAGACGUUCGCCGUCAACCGCAAGAGCUGGUGCGGCAACGUCUCCGUGCCGCUGCAGCAGUACCCGGACGACAAGCCCCAGCUGGCGACCUUCCGCUCCGGCACCGGCACCUUCCCGAGGAAUAGGGAGCGGAAUAAUAACGCCGCCCUGUCGGGGUGUUUGACUCCAAACGGGAACUCGGCGCAGUCGCUACGGGCGAGCGAAGUGCGCAGGACCUGCGCGAACGGCAGGCGGUACGCGGAAAUCGGAAACUGGAGUAAAAGG